AUGCAGGAGCUCAUGGGGAUCGUCGAGGAGAAGCACCUGACGCGGCAGCGCGAGGCCGAGGACCGCGGGAAGCGGAGCCCCGAGCAGAACAUGAUGGACGGGUCGCGCGACGUCUACCUCGAGCAGCUCGAGGGCCUCUCCGGGCGGCGGAGCGCCCUGGCCUCCGCGAAGCGGCCCCAGUUCAUCGUCGCCGUCGUGCUCGGCAAGGCGCUCUGCUCCGGGCGCAUCUCCGUCGAGCACGCGGCGCGGUGCUCCGCGCUCGCGCGGGCGCUCCUGGAGCGGCGCCUCGACCCGGACCAGGUCGUCUUCACGGCGUCGGCGGCGUCCAAGGCCGAGGGCUGCGGGGACGACGCGACGGUCGCGUGCAGCUACUUCCUCCACCUCUGCGAGGCGCUCGGCGUGCCGCUCGACCCGGAGUCGCUCGUCGUGAGCCCGACGCCCGUGACGACGCGCGUGGGCAUGCAGGCCCUGCUCGAGCGCUUCGUCGUGCCCCAGCUCUCGGCGACGGCGGGGCUGCACCUCACGUUCUUCGCGUCCGACUACCAGCUCAGCCGCCUCGAGCGCAUCGGCGCGGUGACGCCGCACCUGUCGCUCUUCGCGCCGCUCGCGGAGCGGCGCGACGUCUUCCUCCAGCACGUCGCGGCGACGGAGGCGCUCUACAAGACGAACACGACGCGCAAGGGCCAGCGGCCCCGCAUGCCGUCGCUCAGCGCGAAGGACGGCGGCGCGACGAGCUGGGCGCUCGAGAAGGUGCUCUACCCGCCGGGCCUGCUCAUCUCCUCGGGCGACGCCUUCGCGGCGUCCUUCCUCGCGCAGACGCACGUCAUCUUCGACUCGCUCGUGCCGCUCCUGCUCAACUUCCACGCGAUCGUCAACAAGGAGGAGAUCCUCGCGGCCGAGUACUACGACGACCUGCUCCUCGCGAAGCGGCGCGUGUCCGAGCAGCUCCAGCUCGUCGACAGCCCCAUGCGGCCCGCGGCGCUCCGCCUGAAGACCAUGGCCACGGCGAGCCCCCACGCGCUGGCCCGCCAGGCGGCCGCGGCGCGGGCCGACGGCGACGGCGACGACCGGCGGCGACAGGACGAGGCCGCGGGCCAGCAGUUCGUCGACGAGGCCCUCGAGCGCGUCCUCGCGCGGCUCAACGAGAUCGAGCGGCUCGUGCGGCCCGCGGCGACGCGCGAGGGCUACCUCGACGCCGCGGACUGGGAGCGCGCGCUCGCGCUGCUCCAGGCCGUCCUCGCCGAGGCGCGCGCGGCGACGGACCCGGACGCGCCCCUGCCGGCGUCGGAGUGGGGGCGCCUCGUCGACGAGGACGAGCCCGACUACGGCGACCUCGCGCUCAGCGAGAUCGCCGACUUCAACCGCCUCCGCGACGAGCGGAGCCUCGUCGAGGAGGGCACGGGGGACGCGCUCUACUAA